CAGACAUACAUAGAUGUGUGUCUGGAAUCAGUGAGAUGUUUGUCAUGGAUUCCCAGGCCGUGGUCAGUUCUGUUGUUGGUUUGGCUUCAGCGCAAAUGAGAAUUAUUUAAUUACUGGGCACCCAAAGCAGUUGGUCUUAACAUUAAGCUGUUUCUAGGCUUGUGCUAAAACCAAUAUCACUCGAAAUUGUGAAUUUAAUGCACGAAAAUGACCAACAGUAACAAGCUGAAGAAUAAUACUCUGAAGCAAUAUUCACUGCUUUGUUGCCUCCUUUACUCUCACUGCUAGACACAGUAUCACAUGAGACGCAUCCAAAAUUUCUUUACUGCAAUGCAUUGCUUUGUGAGUGGAAGUCUGGUUUGGUUUCAGUUGUAGUAUAACUACUUGCUUCAGACCUGACGACUAGCUAUAUUUAGAUGUGCAGUAAUCAGUAUGAAAGGUCUCAGCAACACAGCCACACAGGGACAGAUGGGAUCACAUUAGAUCAGCCUUAGGGGCUUUGAGUGUUGCCUGGAAACAAUUAGCAGUUUAAAAAACCUUAAACAGCUUAUCACCACAGAGACGUGGGAAUUAUGUGGCAAGUUAGAAAAUGUGUUCCUCAAUACUCUCAGGACUGCUAUUGAUUUUAGGAUUUAUAUAUUGUACCCAAGUGUCUCCAAGACACCAAAGUCCCUCUCGUUUCUCAUCUCUGUUUUCACACACAGUUGAAAUAAACAGUGUAGAACAUUUUGUGUAACAAUCAUCUAAUCCUAAUUUAGUUUUCUUCAUAAAUAUUAUAUUUCCUUUGAACCUUGUCCCGUUUUGUAACAUUAGAAUCAUACAUUUCUGUUUAUGAUUUUUUUGUUACGGGUUUACAAGAAAGACCAACACAAAGUAGCACAUCACUUUGAAGUGGUGGGAAAGGAUACAUAGAUAAUUAAAAAAAAUUUUCAAGCCCUCUCAGUCGAUGUUCCUAUAGAACUACCUGCAAUUACAGCUAGCAGUCUUUUGGGUUAUGUUUCUACCAAAUUUGCACAUCUAGUGACUGAAAUGUUUGCAAUACCUCAAUCUCAGUCAGGCAGGAUGGAGUGCCUGUAAACAUUUUCCUCUUGCCAGUUUCUUGAUUGGGUUUAUGUCUGUACUUUGACUGGGCCAGUCUAACAAGUGAAUAUAUAAUUUGAUUUAAACCAUGCUAUUGUAACUGACUGAAUGUUUAGGAUUGUUGCCUUGCUGCAAGGUGAACACCUGCCCCACUGUUAGAUUUUUUUACAGCCAUUAAUAGGCUUUCCUCCAGGAUUGCCCUGUAGCUCCAUCCACCUUUCCCUAAAUAGUGACCAACUUUCCUGUCCCUGCUGAAAAAAAUGUGUUCAGGGCUUAUUUUUUUCACGUCUCCUGUCUUGCCAUUUCAGGCAAACGUACCAUAAAGAGAAAUUGUUUGCCUACAUGUGCCAGAGCAGAUUUGCUCUACAAAAAGGAAAUCUCAAGACAAAAUCCUAAUUGCAUGAAUAACUUUAUUAAAUUGAGACUAGACUCAGCAUCAACCUAAUCAGGCCACAUUGAUUUAAUAGUAAGCUGUGUUUGUAUGACCUUCAUUCAUUUGGAGUAUCUGUGUGUGGGUGUGUUUGUGGGUGUGUUGAGCGUAUUUGUAGAAAUAAGUGUGCGUUGAGCGGCUGUAUGUGAGUGAGUUUAUUACCUAGACCUGCGCUGUUGAUAGAGUGAUUAGAACGGAUGCAAGGCCUGCAACACACAGGACCCUUCCACUUCAGGGUGUGGACAGAUCACCCACACAAACAACAUCCCACCAAUGAAGGGGUAGCCCCCCCGAUGGCACAAACAAAGACCCCCAGUUCCACACUAAAUAGAGAUAAUGCUAAAACAUCUUAGGAGAUAUUAGAUGUAAUCAACAAGUUUGAAUUGUACAAUCAUAGUUUGCAUCUUUAAUAAAGAGAGAAAUGUAAAUUUUAAUGCAACAAUAAAGGCGGUUUUGUUUGCACCUGCAUGCAGCUGAAUUAUGUCUGGGUGCUGUAAAGGAGGCCAGUGAGUCAACCUUCCUGUUUUUGCACAGGCAUAUUUUAAAGACCUUUUGGCAGUGUUUUUAUUUGUAUACAGCCUGAAAGGAACUCAUGACUGUGAUUGUACAGAGAGUUCCUGCACUAAAACAGCAUGCAGAGGCAAUAAGGAGGCAUCACCUCUGUGUUUGCUCCCAUUAUGAUGGGACCAAAGUAAAUGGAAACAACUGGAUGGAACGAGGGAUGUGAAUAAGCUCCUGUUUUAAUGCUGUUCCAUUGAUGUGUCACCCGCCAUCUUAAAAAGAUUUAUCCUGGUCAUCUCUUGAGGACACUGAACUCAGCUUUGCAGGACAGUGAUAGUGGCUGCUGACUAAUUAAUCCUCUUACUGUUCUUCACUCCAAAGCUUUGCUUUGCAGCAGUUGUUGACUUCUUUUUAAACGCGCCCAGGUGGUGACCCACAAUCCAGCAAGAUGGAGUUCACAUAUCUUUGACAGGAAGAUAACUCACUCUCCACAUUUGUACAGAGGUCCUCAUUGCUGCUGGGAUUACUCUUAGAUUCGAUUUUUUUCUUUGUAUUGAUUACAUCUUUAUUUUGGUAUAUGUCUACAAUCGCUGUAAAAUGAAGACAGCAGAAAUGGAUUAUGACAAGCUGGUUGCAUCAAUCCUAGGACAAAUGCUGGACGUGAGGAGUAGAGGCAUAAUAUGUAAAACAAGAAAGCCAGCAGCCUUCUCCUGAUCUGAGCCUAACAGCUGAUGCCAGCUGAGGUCAUCACCAUGGUGACCUUCGCUGACACCAGGCAGGUCUCCCCAAUGGAACUGCAUGAACCUCCAUGUCUGAACACCAUGCUGUCUCCUGGGCUCAGGCGGAAAAAGAUGCUGUGGCAGAACGCAGUGAAACACAUCAUUACCCAACAAGAGCUCAGCGCUCAGGUGAGUGUGGAACCUCCUUGCAAAAUCUUUGUGACCGAUGCCUACAUAGAUGAGAUCAACAGACAAAUCCGCAGCAAGGCCUCCCGUGGAGUCACAAAACGCCGCUCCUCCACAUUCAGAGUCCAUAGUCGAGCCUCCACCAGCACGCAUGGCAGCAUCAGCAUUUCUACACAGGACUACACCAGUGACGCUGACUUCUUUGUGCACUGGUGUAACACUGUUCAUAGUGUUUACAUACCCAUGCUGGGUCACACCUUCAAAUCCUGUGAUUUGGAGAAGCUCUACCAGCGAUACUCCUCCCACCAGAGGACAAACUCUCUAGCCCUCACCAAUGUAAUUGAUGCUGUGGCCAAGCUCCACAUGUUGGUUCUGUAUCUGGCACUGGCCCCGGAUGCUGUUACGGACUGUUUGCGUGGCUAUUUGACUGGCAUCUUUAUGGUGUUGGCUAUAGCUCUUUGCAUACUGGUAUUAACCUGCAAGGACUCCAUGUCCCCACAGUGGCUCCAUUAUGCUGGCAUUGCAAGUUGGUUGUCGCAGACCACACAGAUCCUUGGGGGGCUUGCUUAUGGACUUGAAAACGACCCAUCAUGGUAUAUUUUAUUCACAUUGUUUGCAACAUACACCCUGUUGCCAUUACCUCUGCUGUGGGCCAUUUGUGCUGGCUUCCUCACCCCAAUACUCCACAUAUUGCUGGAUAUAUGGUUCCACUAUAAUGAUGCUUUGCUUUUGAAUAAGGUGUUCGCCAAAGGCCUGCUGUAUGUGGGUAUGAACACAGCUGGCUUGUUCAUCCACUACCUGACAGACCACGUCCAGCGGCAGGUUUUCCUGGAGACACGGCGUUGCAUCGAGGGCCGCCUCAAACUCGAGCAAGAGAACCAAAGACAGGAGCGGUUGGUCCUGUCAAUCCUGCCUCGCUUUGUUGCUUUGGAAAUGAUUGCUGACAUGACCUCCAUGGAGAAUGAACUCAACCCCCAGGAGUUUUAUAAGAUCUACAUCCACCAGUAUAAAGAUGUCAGCAUUCUUUUUGCAGACAUUAAGGGCUUCACCCAGCUGUCGAUUAACCUGUCAGCCCAGGAAAUGGUUCACACUCUCAAUGUGCUCUUUGGACGUUUCGACCGACUAGCUGAGGAGCACCACUGCUUGCGUAUAAAGAUAUUGGGAGACUGUUACUAUUGUGUUUCUGGGGUGCCUGAGCCACAGCUUGCCCAUGCACGGUACUGUGUGGAAAUGGGUCUGGCUAUGAUCAGCACAAUACGACUCGUUCGGAAGCAGCUGAACUUUGGCUUGGACAUGAGGAUCGGCAUCCACUCUGGCUCUGUCCUAUGUGGCGUCCUGGGCUUGCAGAAAUGGCAUUUUGAUGUCUGGUCCUGGGAUGUGAUCAUCGCCAACAUGCUGGAAGCAGGAGGAAUACCUGGACGUAUCCACAUCUCAAGAGCUACCCUAGAUUGCUUGGGAACAGCAUACAAGACAGAGGACGGUCAUGGCCACGACAGGAAUGAGUUUCUUCGAAAACACAACAUCGACACCUUCUUUAUUUGCCCUCCGGUGGAAAAGUAUCAAUACGACCAUCCUGAGAACAUAAAAAUCCAGAAGAGCAUUAGAACCUGGAACCCAGAGAUUCCUUUUGGCCAUGCUAUUGAUAUAAACAGUAUUCUGGCCUCCUUCACCAACGGUUCUCUGCCCAGUUUGUGGCAGUCCACCUCCAGAGAGAUUAACAAACGGAUCAAACACGCUAUCGAGGUUCGGAGCAGUGAGCGCAUGCACAAGGAGCACAUCACUGCUCUGACCCUGGUGUUCAAAGACACACACAUAGAGAACAAGUUCUCCCAGAUCAGAGAUGAGAUGUUUAACUCCAACAUGGUCUGCUCCUUUAUCGUGCUCCUCUUUCUCAUGGCUGCCCAGGCCAUCGUCCCUACUCCCAGACUGCUCCCUGCUGUCCUCCAGUUUUCCUUCUUUCUUCUUGCUUACCUGCUGAUGCUGCUGGUCGCCCUUGCUGAGGAGUUCAGGUGGACUCCAGCAGCUCUGCAGCAGCUCUGCUGCUGGAUCCAUGAAAACAACAGCGCCCGAAACCUCCUCACUCUCACAGCCAUCAUCACCAACUUCAGCUUGGCUUCCACUGACAUGGUGUGGUGUGUCCUAGCAGCCACAGGAGAAGCUGACAGGAUGGAGAAAAAGAGCACAGGUUCAGACACCAUCUGCACUUAUCCUGAGAUCUUUGCGCUGAGUGGCGUGGUCGUGAUGGUGACCUGUGCUGUGUUUCUACGCCUGAACUCCCUGCUGAAGCUGGGUGUGCUGCUGCUGGUGGUUGUGGUGUACUCCUACCUCAUCCACCACGCCUUUGUCACACUUGCACACAGCGACGUACAGCACAGGUCCCAUUAUGUUAGGAGAAAAGGAAUUUCGAUUCUUCUCAUAGCAAUGUUUAUUAUAGCUGUCUUCUACAAUGGGCGGCAGUGGGAGGCCACCGCUAGGCUGGACUUCCUGUGGCGUGUGCAGGCCCAGCAGGAGGUGGAGGACAUGAGGGAGCUGCGAGAACACAAUGAGUGUUUGUUGCACAACAUCCUGCCCUUGCAUGUUGCACAGCAUUUUCUGGAACGCAGCAAACAUGAUGAGGAGCUUUAUUCCCAGUCCUACGAUGAAGUGGGUGUUAUGUUUGCUUCUGUUACUGGGUUCGAUGAGUACUUUGAGCAGAAAGAGCUCAAACAUGAAGAAGUGGACUGUCUUCGACUCUUGAACGAGAUCAUAGCCGGCUUUGAUGAGCUAUUGGAGGAAUCCUAUUUCCACUAUGUGGAGAAGAUCAAGACCAUUGGAAGCUGUUACAUGGCAGCAUCUGGUUUAGCUCCAAAUAAGCAGGGUUCGGUGCGUGAGUGGAACCACCUGAGUGAGCUGGUUUUGUUUGCUUUGGCGAUGCAGGAGAUCAUAAGAGAGAUAAACAACCACUCUGCUCAAAACUUUGAGCUGCGUGUGGGCAUUGCCCAUGGGCCGGUAAUUGCAGGAGUGAUCGGUGCCACCAAACCCCAGUAUGAUAUCUGGGGAUCGACUGUGAACCUGGCCAGUCGCAUGGACAGCACUGGUGUGAGUGGACGCAUCCAGGUUCCUGAAGCCACCCACAAGAUCCUAUCAGAAUGGGGCUUUGUCCUGGAACUUCGAGGAGAAAUAUUUAUUAAGGGGGUGAGUGAGUGCCAGGGGAAUGUUCGUACAUAUUUCAUCCGGACCACGCGCAGUAAGAGGGCCAGUGUUGCAGCAGAAAGGAAUCAAGGCGGCCGAACAGGAGGUCGCAUGACCCUGGCCGGUGUGGUGCACGUUCUCGUCCAGGCCAGACACAAAGAGAAGUUGAGAGAGGCCAAUGGGAACUUUGGUCUUACUCCCCGCAAACUUCAGUGCUGAGGGCUGCAUAAAGUAAACUACAUGGUCCACAAAUAGUGUUUCUCCAAGUUUACAGGACAGAGUCAAAACCUGCCAAAAACCUUCAGGGUGGUGUGUCUGAACAUUGCUUUUAAAUGAACUUGACGGUUAUGAUAGUUUUCUUGAUGCCAUUUUGUAUAAUUAUGGAGAAGCCAACAGGUCUUCUUCUUUGUUGAAACUACGAUCUGGCAAGAUGAAAGACGUUUGAGCCAAAUCACAGAAUACCUCUAUAAAACCAGCUCAAAUGGCCUACGAAGCUGUGAAAGAUGUUUUACUUCAUUGUCUUCCACCUAUUUAGUAGUGUUAACAGUUACAUUUUGUUUAUUGAUGUGUCAUUUGCCGCUUUGUUUCUUGUUUUGUUUGUUUUUAUAUUUAUUGAAAGCUCUCAUGUAGCUCUUUUCUUGCAAAUCAAAAUACGAAGAAUGUAACUUCUUUAUUUAACCAUAUGUUUUACAGCUGAUCUGAUGUGUAAAUACACAUUGCUGGUCUUUUUGAAAAAGAAACAACUGUUCUGUUACGCAUUGUAUUUAUUUAAUUUUUUUGUUUUUUUUGUUUCAGCUAAUAAAAAACCCAAAUUCUCAUUUAUUUAACUUGAAUAAAAUUAUUAAUUUGCUCUGAAUCAAUACUGUGGUGUUACUACUGGGAUGUUCUUAUUAAAACUAAACUAAUUGUU